GACGAGCUCCCCCCACCCGCUUUCUGAGCGGUUGUUUUUAUCCGUGUAGAGCAUAGACUAUUCGUAUUGGCAGAUUGCCCCCUUAGAUUAAUAUCUCGUAUAUUCCGACAUAUUAAUUCCCCCUCCCCGCCGCCGGAAGCCUUUCGAACUCCCAAGUGACAUCGUCGCCAAAAUGCAGAUAUCUUACACGCUCGUCGACCUCGAUCUUCCGGCGCGCCCACUGUCUUAUAUCAUGCUUUAUCGAUAUCAUUAUCACUUCGACAUCUUCUCGGCCCGAUUGGUUAUACAUGUGGUCUUUUUCUGUUGGGGCAGUUGGCGUUUACGGUUGUAGGCGUCGCCGAUCGAAUAGUUCUAGCUCUUCACUCUGGUUUUUCCCUCGGUUCAUCUCACUGGUCAUGGUCAACUUCGCUUACGGUUCUCUCCUCACAACCUUCGUCCCAGAUACAAUAAAUUCUGGGUGCCGACCCAGCGUCGACAUUAACUACAUCCUCGCUGGCGGCGGGUCUGCAGAUCGCGUCUUUUCUCAGCUAUAUUACGUUCGCUUACGCCUAUACCACCGUCCACCCUUUAUUCUUUCAGAUCAAUGUGUCAGUAUCCCAUCGGUUCCACACUUUUUUUCUCUUGCAUUCCGCAUGUGUGCUUUCGCGCUCAUCGCAUCGGCAUUCUCCUUCUGGAUCCACCCGCGCUCUCGUGGUUCGGGUUGUACAAAAAAGACGAGAACGCACCGGGUCCGCAACGUAGCAAAGAAAAACUAUAUAUCAAAGCAAAGGGAUUGUCCUUCCGACUGUUGCCUAUACGACGUUUCCCCACUCCUCGGCUCACUCUAUCCUGCUCCCUAUUGGUGUUUAUCUGCCCAUUCGCGAAAGCGAGGCGAGGUCUCCAUCCAUCCGAACCUCCCGAAUUCCAAACUUCUACUCUGGGCUCUACACCUCCAGUUAUAUGUUCUUUUUGUGUUCUCUCUUCUUUCCUAAUAUAAAUAAAAUACAUAUGCACUUCCUACCCGUUGGCUCACUUCUUUCGGCGCUCGGCGGGAUGGGUCUUCUGAUUCCUUUUUCCACCUUCCGACUGUUGACACUAUUGGCGUCUUGUUCUAUGCCUUGCCCCCCCU